AUGAAUGUGCAUCAGAUUUUGACUGGAGCGCUUAACCGUGGUGAUGAGGUUUUCAGCGUUGGAGUGAUCGAUGAUCUUAGUUUUACGGCUUGCGCAGUUGGUACGAAUGUUGUGAUAUUUUCAUCCUCCUUCGAGCGUGUACAAGUUAUAACGCCUGCAAGUUGUGCUGAAGGAUUAUUAGUGAAAUGUGUGGCUGCUUGUUGUGAAACUGGAAAGGGUUUCAUGUACCACUGGGUUGAAACACAUAGUCUUCCCCUGAUGUGCACAGUGGAUAAGAUACAGUGGAGUUUGCAAGGCUUGCGACUGUUGAUAUGUUGUGGUGAUGCGCUUCACCUGUAUCAGAAUUUGCUUCUUUCUGCUGCUCUGGAUAUUAAACUGGAUACCGUAACAUUCGGAAUAGUGGAAGAGGAAAAUGAACCUGAAAAUGAAGGAGUUUCGUCUUGGGAUUGUGUUUGGUCACAAAAAUUAGCAACAAAGCCAAAGUUUAUGGCUAGCUCACCCGACGGGGCUUAUUUUGCUACUUGUGGUACUUCAGAUUGUAUGGUAAAGAUAUGGUUUCAGAGAGAAGGAUCUGGCGAUAUAGGAAAUAAUGGAAAUGGCCUUUCAUUUGGUUUUAUCUAUGUACAACACCCCCAACCAGUUGCUGGUUUUGAAUGGCGAAAAAUUCCUCGUUACAUGUCACGACAAUAUGUUCAGAAUGUUUUGCUUACUUGGUGUGAAGAUAACACAGUUCGGAUUUGGAAGGAAACUGCAACUGUAUCUCUUGAUUUCCAAACUGUGAUUAACAUGGCGGAGGUGAUAUGUAUCGAAAAAAGUUCCACAAAAGAACGUUGCUCCAAAAAACAUUCACUUCGGGGUCCUCGAACAAAAAUCAAAGCCUUUCUUAAGAAAAUUAUGGAGAGAAAGGCACUUGCGGGUGAAGUAAUGCGACCAACACGAUCAUCUGUUUCCAGAAAUACUUCAUUAUGUGAGAUUGCUUCAGGGAAGUAUACCGACUCUAGUCCUGCAUUUUAUUUAUGCACCACUAUAAAUGCUCAGAACGAUUGUCUUCUGGUUCCGUUCCUCGAAACUUCUGCCGAACAAAAACCUUUCAUGAUUCACUGGUUGAACAAUAAAAGAAUUGUUUAUGACACUGGCAUUGAAAGAAUUAUGAUGGGAGCUCUGAUCAGUGAUUAUUCUACAAAACCAAAAAAUGUGCUGCAGUCGCAAAAUUUAUUGACUGAGUCUCUACAUGUUAUCAAAGGACAUAAUAUUAACGAUACCAAGGUGGCAUCAGCUUGCUGUACGGGACAAGAAGUUGAGGUCUUAGACGGGACACUUGUCAGUAAUUCCAGUGAUGCAACCGGUGCCUUAUCUAAUGAAACAUCAUCGAAAGAUUCUAUGGAUUUAAAACUAAAUAUCCUUAUACGAGAAUGGACGAAGUCUACUGACAUUUUAUUUGCUGUACAUCCUGCUGACGGUAGCCUACUAACCUGGACAGUCGAAUGGCUUGAUGAUCCGUUACGACAACCCACCGUUAGUUUCACUUCACGAUUCCCAUCUGCGUUUUCACUGUCAGAUGCAACGUCGUUGAAUCCUUCGUUGAGUGUGUAUUAUCCUCACGAUUUUCUUUAUGAACAAUUUAACGAGAAGUAUGGUUCUGAAGAGGUUUCCCAAAUAUUCGAACGGCGAAAUACAAAUUUGCUCUAUUUACUGACUCAUCAUAACAACGGAUCUUUAAAUUUGUGGAAUUUGACAUUUGAAGAUAAUAGCAAAUUUAAUACGGUUGUUAAUAUAUUGCACGCGUCAAGAAUGUGUGGUCAUCGUUACAAAAUUUCGCAGGUCAUUGCUCAUCCGGUGCUUCCUCUUGUGCUUACAACAAGUCAUUAUAAUUACAUAAAGCGAGGCACUGAAGAAUCGGGAAAGGCUGAACUAAUAUUAUGGAAGGUAAAUCCCGUUGGACCGCUAUGUAAAUGUGGUGGUGUUCGGGAACUGGCACGAAUGACAAGCAAUUCAUCUGAUGCGUUUACAGCCGUCACAUGGUUGCCAGUGAUUUUGUCAAGUUCAUUAUUGGGAUCGCUGUCGACAUCACCUAGCUGUUCUUUUGUGGCUAACACUUCUGGACAUAUCAACAUUUAUCAAGCUAUCAUUGAUGCUGCGGAGUUUCUCGCAAAUAUACAUGCUUCUGGAAGAAGAAAUGCCUCCCAUUCUGAAAGCAGCUGUUCGAUCAAUGAUGGAAACAUGCGAAAUGAGCAAAAUAUGGCAAAAACUUACGACAUCCGCAAUAAGCAAGAUAUGACGAAAAUGUGUAAAGUUGUUUCUACGCAAUCAUCGACAAAGCCUGGUUGCAUACUUUUAUUGUCGAGUAUUAAUGCUGCUUCGUGUGCAGACAGUGUUCUGCUUAUUCAUGCUUUCAAUGAACGUUUGCUGGCUUCCAAUGAUCGCGUUUUUGGUGCCGCGGAUACUUCGCGAAAUUUAGCUAUUAAACAAGCAAACAUCAAUCGUUAUUACUUGGUAUUAUUUGAAAAAGAGAAGGAUUCUCUUACAAGGUUGCGCAUGUGGUUGAUUAACAUUGCUGUAACGGAUUAUGAAGACGUAGGAGAGAUUGAAAACACCUUGCCUACAAAGGAUUCGUCGGGUUCAGCCAAUAUAAAGAAUGGAAACGAGGAUUUUUUGAGCAAAUUGCAAUUCAGUUCUAAUCUGGUUUAUGAUGAUCAUGUUGUGCUGCCGGAUGGCGUUUCUGCUGAACUGUAUGCUGCUGAUAUGGUGAUUUUGGUGGAGCCAUCAGCAGGUCAUUUGCCGUCGUCAAAUCUUUAUCCCACAUACAGGGCACCUUAUCUAGUUCUUUUGGCAUGCAGCGAUGAAAAUAUCCGAUUUUAUGAAUGUUUGAAAAUUAUUGAAAGUGAUGGAUCAACUAGGUACAAAUGGAAGACGUGGGGAAUGAUAAGCAGUACCAUGGAUUCGAAUAUAGAGAUGGAUGGUCCGAUAUAUUCAAUAUCAGCUGCUCAUAGUAGUCGAUUUGCUUGUGCCUACCUUCCCGAAGGUGUGGCUGGUUCAGCUUCAUCGAUAAAUAGCGUCAAGGUUGGUGUGUUUGAAUGUGAAUCGUCAGGUGGCGUUGAAUGGCUUCGUGAAGAUACAAUCACUGUCAAUCUCCGACACAGAAUGAGUAAGGAACUAGCCGAAAACUACCUCAAGGAAUCGGAUACAGCUAUUUCAGAAUUUUGUGCAGGCAUGCCAAUCAGUAAUGUAUGUCUGAAAUGGGUUUCGGCUGAAGAUGGUUCGCAUAUUCUUACGGUGGCAUUGGGUACAUACAUCUUUUUAUAUACGCAAAUAUCUCAGGCUGCUGCACAAAGAAACAUUGUAAUGAUGAAAGAACAUGACACACAUCGUCGAGGUCCUCUAAGAAAGGCUUCUUCACUCGCUAAUCCGGAAACCGUAUCAACUCGUUUGGUGCGCUGGCUUUGCAUACGAUUUUUAGAGCUUAAAUCAGCUGAUGGUUUACCACCGUUACCAACAACGUUGGGUUGGGUUCGUAACGGUCUAUUGAUUAUCGGCAUGCAAAGUGAAAUGCGUUGUUAUAGUCAGUGGAAUUUCAAAGCGGAAUUCCCUAAAAAAGAAAAACUGGCGGAAGUUACUAAAGACCUUUCUAAAAUUAAGCCAUCUAGUCAUCUUGCACUUGCUAGUUUGGGUAUCUCUUCACAUCCCAGCUUGGAUCAGUUAUCAAAGAAAUUUAAGCAGGACCCUGUCUCUUUGAACAAGCAGAAAUUGUACAGAGAUCUGCUACAAAGGAUCUAUUCGGUGCCCUAUGAUUUGCAAACACUGCUUUUCAAAGAUGAGCAUGUACUUGAAGCCGUCAGCGAAGAAGGUUUAUUCGAAGCUGCGCGUUUAGCAAGUCCCAUUUUGCCGCAGUACCAUCCAAAGUUGCUCAUUGAGUUACUUAAUUCUGGAAGGACACGUGUAGUCAAAGCAAUAUUACUACAUGUUUUGAAAAGCUUAAAGCAACUGAAUGUUUCAAUACCAAAUCCGUUGUCACGUGCCUCUUCAAUGCGUAAAAUGUCACUUACUGGUGGAGACCUGAAAAUGGAAAGUUCGGGACAAGAUGCUAUGGAGGGACUUACUGAUACCUUUGAUGAUUCAAACUUGGAAUGUGAUGAACUUGAUGGUAUUCCACUAUUACCGCUUCAUGUUCUUUUAUCCGUUGGUGAUCCAUUUUCAAUGGCUAGAGAGAAAGCAUCUGAAAUACCACAAGAUGAUAGUCUAGAUGGUUCACUAGAUAUGGACAGUGAGCCGAGAAAAUCACGUCAAAACUCGUUUUCUAUGGAUAAUGCACAUACAGUUUCUGCAACAAGUUUUACUGCAAGACACAAUCGUUUACUGACAGGAUUUCUCACCCAUACUCAUUUACCGGGUUUGUCAAGUGUUGAUCAAAUGCACCUUUUGGCAGUUGCGGAUACAUUAAGCCAUUUCUCAUCGGAUAUCAUGGAUAAAUUGACGCAAGCAAACGCAGCUUUUCGAGUAACUGAGGCGCGGAUCGUGACCGAUGCAGCAAGUGGAUAUGCUACACCUACUGUUGGAUUUGAAACUGUUGACGAGUGUGGAUUGAGAUAUUUGAUGGCCGUGAAACAACACGAAUAUUUGUUAUUGUGUCUACCAUUGCAGCAAAAACAUAGUCUUCGUUCAAGAGGACUUUCACCAUCACAAAUUAUUUGGGCUUUGCAUUCUGAAACAGAGACUGAACUCCUGAAUGCAAUUCCUUGUCUACAGAAGCCCACUUUGUCAUGGGAAGAAUUGCGGGCCUUAGGAGUUGCUUGGUGGCUAAAAAACACUUCGUCACUUCGUGCGAUCAUUGAGAAAACCGUCAAGGACAACAGAAUGUUGGAUUUUUUCAUGCAUGAUUUCAACGAAGAGAAAUGGAAAAAAGCAGCUCUAAAGAACGCCUUUGUACUGAUGGGGAAGCAGCGAUUCCAUCACGCUGCUGCAUUCUUCUUAUUAGCUGGUUCAAUUAAAGACGCUAUACAGAUAGUAUUGAGGAAGCUACAAGAUCUACAACUUGCAAUAGUAAUAGUUCGCCUUUGUGAAAGAGAUUACGAAGAGCAGGGUAAUUUACUCAGGGAGUUGCUCUGUAAAGAAAUUUUCGACGCCGAAGUUACGGAUGUGAAAUAUUUUGAUGCUACAUCUAGAGCAAAUCGAAAUCCCUUUGUACGUUCGAUGGCUUACUGGCAUCUGAAGGAAUAUGUUCGAGCAGCGAACACGUUGGUUGAUGAAGCAGAUCAUGUUCAUUUGGAUGCUUCAAUGGAAUAUUCCUUAUCAGAUAUAUUCAACUUCUACUCAUUCAUACGCAUUCAUCAUCUGGUUAUUCGGCAAAAACUUCUAAAUGCUGGGAUUCAGGUAGGUUCGACUGAAAAGUUCUUGGCAGUUGCAAAACAUCUUGCAUCAGUUAUCACACCUUCUGAGCGAAGAUUGUAUUUUCGAACUGCAAGCGCUCAUUUGGCAUCAGGAUGUCCCUUACUUGCACUUGAUGUUUUGGCGCGCUUACCAAAAAAUCUCACCGUAGUGGAAUCGUCAUCUCUGUCGCCUGCAGUCAAUAAACACGCUAGAUCAGAAUCGCCAAAAAAUGAUGGUUUAUGGAAUAAUCGAUCAAAUGCCAUCGACUGGAAUACACCAAUAUCAUCUGCCUACGUAGAUGCCGAACUAAAUUUACAAUUAAAUGACUCGGAAACAAAAGAUGAAGUCGUGGUGCAGAAGGAAAGCAUUACAGUUGUUCCGGACGAUUCCAAUGGAGCAAGUAGCAGUGAUGCGACACUAGAUGUCAUUGCGCAGCAUAUGAAGCUCACUGCGACAUUACGGCUUCUGGUUGAAGAGUUAUCUACUCUUGCAAGUGCUUUCGAGGUAGACGGCGGACAGCUGAGGUUUCAAUUACUUAAUUGGCUGGAAGCAGGCGUAAGUGUGCUGCAGAAAAUAUGUGGUUAUCGUAGUGAUUACAAUAGCUUGGAACUUGAUGGUGUCACUGGAAAUGAAGAUGAAUUCAACGAUGAUAUAAUUGAUAGUAUGCCACUUUACAAGACUGUUCAUAUGGAUAGAACAAAGAUAUCGGCCCGGUUUCACCACGCGUUGCAUCGUAGACGAUGGUUAUGCACUAAUCAGAAAUUAUUGCGCGCUUUUAUAUCGUACUGCACUCUACACAAUUCUCAGAGUCAUCGCUUAACUGCUGCACUAAUGGAACUUCUUUUAUUACAAAUGGAAGUACAGCAAGAUAACGGACCAUUGGAACUCUCUACUGGUGAAUAUUUACCAAUCAUGCAUUCAUUUCCACUUUUUAUUGCAUCAGUUUCACCGCGCGAAAUGCUUACAUCAUCGCCGCUCAGUUUUGUGAGAAGUCUGUGUUCUGAUAUUUUGCUGUCACUUGUUGAUCUUUCUGAACCUCCGCAGAUCGAGAGUUCUUUGACUAAAGUCCAUGAAGUCUAUAGCUUGUGUCAAGGAUUAUCUUCAUGCUUGUACCAAUCACUUUGCAAUGUCAGUAAUAUUUGUGGAAGCAAUCACGGAGCAUUGGCGAGGUCAUCAAGGAUAGCAACAACAAACGACGAAUUGCAAGUAACGACAUCGCCUUCGAAAUGGCCGGGAGUGGAAAGUCUACUGGCUAUUUUAAGUCGAGAAAAGGGUGAAGAAGUUCCGCAACUUAAACUUCUUGUGCUUGAAAUUUACAUUGCAGUCUUUGCAUCUCUUUUCGCAUACGCACUUGCUACUUACGAUGCAAGGUGGUUAUUUCGAUUAGCAGCCCGUAACAUUGGCGCAAAAGAAUUUGGUAUUUUGUUCGGUGGAGGUGGGGGGAAAGGGCAAAAGGUAUCUCCUUCAAGAGCUCCAGGCUCACCCGUGAAGUGGACGACUGCAGUGCCGAGCGUUUUUCCUUCUAAUGAAACUCAUGCAAAGUCUGACAAAAAUUGUCUCUCAGUUGAUUUAUCAUUUCAAGUGAUUGGAGUCGAAGCAACUACCAUAUCCUCGGAUCGUUUUUCAACAAAUAAAUCGAAGUCUUUCGAAAAACAAGUCCCAUAUGAGUGGAUACCACCAAAAAAGAGUAUGGUGCAGUUUUUUGCUGAAAAGCCAGAAUUACCUGAAGUCCUGGGUGGAUGUUAUGAUUCAGACGAAGAACACCACGAAUCAGUAGUUGAAUUAGAAGAACAACUACAGAGAAAACAACACAGUGAUUCGGAAGGGUUCGCAUGGUGGCUCUUACGUUUAGCUUUGACCCAUCAGCAGUUGUAUCGAAUGAAGUCUUUUCUUCAGCUUGCAGGCUUAGAAUAUUCAGAACUACCAGCCUUAUCACCUCGUGCAAAUGCUGUUUUCAAACUUAUCGAGAAUUGGGCGAAACAACUUGAAGAUCACUUGUAUGCAGUACCUGAUGGAUGUCCUUCCGACUUCCUUCCUGACUUAUCUAUUAGAAAAGAUGACAGCAAUGGAGAAUCGUCUCUGAUGAAAUACAGUGUUUUGAUGGGAACAAAUAACACACCUUUCGAAAGUGCGGAUCCGUCUGUGUUGCCCGUGAAAAGAAUUUGGCUUUAUCUGAUUCGUCAAGAUCAUAUUUUGCCCCUUUUCGUUAAGCAUAUAUUUGGCUUCGGCGAUCAGCAGGAAGAAAGUUUCCUUCGGGAAGGUGUAGUUGAGCUGGAAAACCGAGGUAUCGUAAAUGUGUUCAAAAUUGUCCAACGAGAACACGAGCCUAUAGCAGCAUUCUGCUGCAGUGAGGUGAGGCCUAGUUGGUUAGUAGUUUCAAAUACACGAGAAUUACAAGAAAUGGACAUUACAGCUUUGCUUGAUGGUGGGGAGAACUUUAGGCUUUCGUCUUGGUUGUUUAAUCGAACAGAACUUGAUGUUGCACUUGAUGAAACCAAAAGGGAUGUGCUUAAGGAUAAUGAUGACUAUCAGUUAAUAACUGAAAAUGGACAACAAACCACUUCCAUAAAUACGAUGACUCCAUUUAUUGUUGAUAGAAGCCGAAAGGCUUUGAUGAAGAUGUAUAAGAGACAAGUUCAUGGAAUACGGCGACUCGAUUCUCAUCCCACAAUGCCUUAUUAUGUGAGUGGGUCGUCAGAUGGCUCAAUACGAUUGUGGGAGUGGGGAGUUGGGCAGCCGUUUUUUACACCUCGAAUAGCUGGGCAGUAUGCCAAAAAUCAGAAAUGUCAUUCUAAAUCCGCAGCAGAUGUUCGGUUUUUGGGUUCCACUUCUUCUGUUCUGGUUACUGCGGGUCUGAGCUUAUCAGACGAAAACAUUAGCCUUUGGGAUACCCUUAUGCCGCAAUCAAAAGCACAGAUUCAUUCUUGGACAGCACACCCUGAAGGAGCAACUUCCGUGAUGUAUUUGUCGUCAUAUCAGACUAUAGUAUCUGGCGGACGACAUGGAGAAUUGUGUGUUUGGGAUAUUCGACAACGUCGACUACGUACUACUGUGAAGUGUUUUGAAAAUUCUGCUGUCAAAUGUCUUGUGAGUGAUCCCUUUCAGCAGAUCAUUGUUGCUGGAUCGAAUGAUGGGGAUAUAAAGGUUUGGAAUACCGAUCUUGUACCACACCUUGUGACUUCGUUGGAUAGCGAACAUGUUGCUCGAGGAGGAUUCAGCCUGCGUCAAGUGGCUUCAGUAGUACAAGGAGUGCAACAACUACAUGUUGAUCCAGAAAUUCGUCUUUUUUCAUGUGGUGCCGAUUGCUCACUAAAAAUACGUUCUUUACGUAGUGUAAUGUGA